ACUUGGGAGUGUUGGGCGUGCGUACGUUAAAGUGACAAGGGUGCGCAUUUUAUGAAUAUAGCGACGUUAACGGGUUGACUGUAGUAACGUUCAAAGAAGGAGGAAAAAAAUAAAUAAAAGGAAGAGUCUUUUAUUAGAUUAAAUUUUUUGAUUCUCUUAGGGGGGUGUCUCUUUUGGGUUUUGAUUGCUUUUAGGGAAUGGAUGGCGGUGAUGUUGAUUCCUGAUACUAACUAGUAUUAAGGACAGUGAACUAGUGUUAAAUUUUCUGGGUUUAAUUUCUUGGACCUGCUGGAAUUCAAUUGCUUGAGAGAUUUUGGUAGGAAAAACCAAGUUACACGCAGAUAGAGAAAAGGAAGCAAACUUCGUUAAUUUAUUUUACUGUUUUUAUUUCCCUUCACGGGGGAGACGUUUAAUUUCUUUUUUGCUAGCCAGGAAAGUUGAGACUUUUCGCGCCAUUUUUGCAAAUUAAUGACCCGUUGAAUCAUGAUGUAAAGAGAGCAUGGGCUCUACAUCAACUCAAAUUGCUGCAAUGAGAGGAAUGGGUUUUUAUGAGCCCUUUCACCAGAUUAGCUCAUGGGGACACGCCUAUAGAGAUGAUGGUAGCCUAAACAUUGGUCCAUCCACAAUUGUACAGGUGGAUGCUGGGCUAGACAACAAGACUGAACAUGUUUCACAUGAAUCAAUGGAACCAUCCAGAAGUGAUCAAGAAGCGCACAAACCUGCUGAUAAGAUACAAAGACGAUUGGCACAAAAUCGUGAAGCUGCUCGCAAAAGUCGCUUGCGGAAAAAGGCCUAUGUUCAACAAUUAGAAUCCAGCCGUUUGAAGUUGGCCCAGUUGGAGCAGGAACUUGAAAGAGCUAGGCACCAGGGUGCUUACAUAGGAGGCAGUGCAUCAGAUUCUAGUCAUUUGGGAUUUUCAGGAACAGGAAAUCCAGGAAUUGCUGCAUUUGAGAUGGAAUAUGGACAUUGGGUUGAAGAACAACUCAAACAAGUUUCUGAACUUAGGAAUGCAUUGCAAGCUCGUAUAACUGAUAUUGAGCUCCGGAUCCUAGUUGAGAAUGGCUUGAAUCACUAUAGCAAUCUUUUCCGCAUGAAAACAGACGCUGCGAAGGCUGAUGUCUUCUAUCUGAUUUCUGGAAAAUGGAGAACAUCAGUAGAACGCUUCUUUUUGUGGAUCGGAGGAUUCCGCCCAUCAGAACUUCUAAAUGUUCUCAUGUCACAACUUGAGCCUUUGACUGAUCAACAGCUUGUGGAUGUCUGUAACCUUCGUCAAUCUUCUCAGCAAGCUGAAGAUGCUCUAACUCAAGGAAUUGAUAAACUCCAGCAGACUCUGUCCCAAAGCAUAGCAGCUGAUGUAAUGGGUGAUGGGGGUUAUGGGGAUAAGAUGGCUGACGAGCUUGAGGGAUUUGUGAACCAGGCUGAUCACCUUCGGCAACAAACUCUGCACCACAUGUCUCGGAUCUUAACAAUACGCCAAGCAGCCCGAGGUUUACUUGCAUUAGGAGAGUACUUCCACCGUCUUCGUGCUCUCAGUUCUCUAUGGGCUGCUCGUCCAUGUGAACCUGCCUAGUCAGCAGAGGUAUGACCCUAGAAAACCACUAUAUCUAUAUUGAACCCCACCAGCACUUGUGCCUCUGCAGGGGAACGGGUUCUUGUGGCAUUUGUAAUACGGACAAGUAUUCGAUCCAGUUAUAUGUUUUUCCAAAGCAGAUGUAAAUAUGAAUCGUAAUGAUUUGUGUCUGAAGCAGCAAAUUUAGGUAACUAAGUUGAUACUCGGUGCAGGCUGUAUAGUUAAAAGUGUUAGAAAGUUUCAUUUGAAAUGUAGGCUAUGUUUGUACUCCUUGGCUACUUGUGUAGGAAUACGCGUGUUGUUUAGACAAA